AUGAAGGUCCUCGUGUUCACCUGCGUGCUGGUGCCCUGGCUGGUGGCAGCCUCGGCCAGGAGGUUUGACCAGGACUCACAGCUGAUACCGGGAUCUCUACCUGGUGGGGAGCUGAACGGAUACUUCAUUGACCAUUUGAAAUCAAGGAGGGCUCGGAGGGCGCUGCCUCUUGCUGAUGAACCUGAUGACAGCCCAAUCGACCAGGAAGGAGACGCCAUCGAUCUGCCCACCUGCCUGCUGUGUGUGUGUCUGACUGGUUCAGUGUACUGUGAGGAGGUCAGUCCAGAGAUGACCAGCGUCCCCACCUUGCCUAAAGAGACGGCGUACCUGUACGCCCGUUUCAACAAGAUCAAAAAGAUCCGCACCAAAGAUUUCGCUGAUAUCGUGACCCUCAAGAGGAUUGACCUGACAGGGAACAUGAUCUCAGAGAUCGAAGACGGGUCGUUCUCUAAGCUCAUCCUGCUGGAGGAGUUGUCUCUGGCUGAGAACCAACUGGUCAAGCUUCCCAUGCUUCCUGCCAAACUCAAAUCUUUCAACGCCAACUUUAACCUCCUCAAAACCAAGGGCGUCAAAGCGAACACCUUCAAGAAAAUGACCAUGCUGGUCAACUUGUACCUGGCUGACAACCAGAUGGAGGCGGUUCCACACAUCCCAGACAGUGUUCGGGUCUUACAUCUACAGAACAACAACAUCACUGAGGUCAAUAUAGACACCUUCUGCAGGUCCAAUGACACCUACUACCUACGACCUAGCCUCGGUGAGGUCCGUUUGGACGGCAACCCCGUGGUGCUGUCCAAGUACCCCGACAGCUUCACCUGUAUGAAGGUACUGCCUGUGGGACGGUAUCGCUGAGGAGGCAGAAACUUUACUGUGGCCCCUU